AUGUCUUCCGCAGUAGCUGAACUGGAGAAUCUUCUCCAAUCCAUGCUGGCCCUGAAGCCACCUGGCGUAUCAGGAUCCAAGAUUGGUGGCAUCACAUCUUUGUGCACAGCCAACGUGCAGGUACGCCUUUCCUCUUUCGGUCGACUUUCACUUCCUCGAUCCCGACCUGCUUUGUUUAAUCUAUGUGCUAAUCAUGACCUACAGAAUGAAUCAGUUCUUAUUCAGAAGAUUUACACACACUUCAAGAAAGCCCCCGGCUCACACAAGCUCGGCGUACUCUAUGUCGUAGACUCAGUAACUCGACAAUGGGUAGAGGCUGCACGCAAGACUGGCCACACUCCAGGCAGUGAUGCGCCUGAUGGAACAUUUGCUGCCGGUGUCAAGCGAGUGACCGAUCUAUUGCCUGUUCUCAUGAAUGAUAUCAUUAACAACGCGCCUCAGGAUCAAAAGGACAAAAUCAAGAAGUUGGUCGAUAUCUGGGAACGUGGUGCCACAUUCCCGGCACCGAUGCUCGCAUCAUUCAAAGACAAGUUGAACGCGGCUCAAAACGUCGAAUCGAACACCCCCGAGGGCUCCCCUGCGCCGACCGCGAACCCACUUGGACUCCCUCAGCAGUCAGCCGCCGCCCCGGAUACCUCGAGCAUUUUGAAAGCUUUGGCCGACAUGGCCAAGAACAACACUGCCGCACCAGCUGCGCCGUCAGCUCCUGCCCCAGCCAACUCUCUGGGCGCUUUCCCUCCGGCUGCACCAGUCGAUUUCACUUCGCAGGCGCCUGCCGCUCUCAACCCAUACGGUGCCAACCCGGCCGCCAACCUAUUCGCGGGCAUGUCCGGCAUGACCCAGAACCAUGCUUUCCAGCCGCAGAGCCAGAGUGGAACCCCCAACCCGAUGGCCGCCGCAAACCCACUUGCUGCGAUGCUUCCUCAGGCUGCCGCGCCCGGACUCGACCCGAACUCUGCUGCUCAACUUGAGCUCCUUCGGACAUUCAUCGUUCAGGGCAUUCCCCAAGAUCAGUGGGCAACCGCUCUCCAACUCUUCGGCUCUGUCGGUGCAAAUGGCGCCGGCGGUAUGCCAGGCAUGCCUGGAAUGCCUGCAAUGCCUGGAUUCCCUCAGAUGCAAGGACCGAAUGCUGGAGGAUGGGGUCGUCCCGACUCUCAGAACAUGGAUGACCGAGGCCGCGAGUACCCUCGCUCUCCUCCUACUGGAUACCGUCGUCGUUCUCGCUCUCCCGGCUGGGACAGACGCCGCACUGCUUCGCCUUCUUCUCGUCGCCGUGACAGCCCCGUGUACGGAGAAUACCACGGGGACUCGCCUGGUCGUCGUGGCGGGGACCCGCGCGAUGCACGCGGCCGUCGCAAUGAGUACCGUCAGCGCAGCCCUCCUGGUGGUGCGCGCGGUGCUAGACGUCGUUCGCCUUCCCCUCCCCGUAACAAGGAUCCCAACCUGCCGCCUCCCGGUCCCAAGUACAUCGAAUGGGACUACUCCAUUGGUCAGGGUAUGAUGAAGGUGUUGAGCCGAACUCUGUUCGUUGGCGGUGUCACCUCCUCAGAAUCUCACCUGCGCUCGCUGUUUGGCCAAUUUGGAGUCGUUCAGACCUGCAUUGUCAACGUGGACAAGCGCCACGCCUUCAUCAAGAUGGUUAGCCGUAAGGAUGCGACCCAGGCACGCGAUGGAAUGGAAUCUUACCGCACCGGAGAAAUGCAACUGAGAACUCGUUGGGGUGUUGGCUUUGGCCCCCGUGACUGCAGCGACUACCAAACCGGAGUCAGCGUGAUCCCGAUUGACCGCUUGACAGAGGCUGAUCGCAAGUGGAUGGUCACAGCCGAGUACGGAGGUACUGGCGGUCGCGAGAUCGAAUCCGGCAUGGUUGUUGAAGAGCCCGACAUUGAAAUUGGCGCUGGUGUGUCAUCCAAGGCGAUCAGUCGCCGCAUCGCAACCGACACUGGCGGCAAGCGUGGCCCCAUCUCCACACGUACCAACCCUAACCCCAACCAUGAUACUCGCUUUGGCGGCCGUCGUGAGCGCGAGGGAUACGGUGCACCAAUGGGCAAUGAGCCUGAAAUGUCCAACGCGAACCCCGGUGUCGCGCCUGCCGUUCCUGCUUAUGGCUUCAAUUUCGCCAGCAUGCCCAUGUUGCCGCCUGGUUUCAUGAUGGGCCAGGGUACCAUGCCCGGUGCUCAGCCUCCUUCUGGUGGUCAGGGUAACUGA